AAACACAGCUCAAGAAACCAACCGCUAUAAAUUCAAUGCAUCUAGUGCCACUCAGAGACACAGGACUACAAGUACAAGAUCCUUGGAGCGACAAGUAGCAGACCAGAGUACUCCAAACUCCAAACGCACCAUCAGGAGCUUGCCCAACUGAUCGAUCCAGGAAAAGUUUUGUGUUGGCGUUGAAAACAAGGUCAUUCGGCCAUGGUGCUGGGCUUGGGAGGGUGCUGCGGCAGCGUCGCCGUCGCCGCGGUGUCGCCUGCCGCCGGGAAGCAAUCAUCACGGGGAGGAGAUGCUCCGGUGGCCAAGCAGCAGCGGGUGGUCGGAGAGGAGAAGGUGAAGAUGGGAGGUGAGCCGGGCGAGGUCGCAGCAGAAGGGAAGGAGGGGAGGAAGAAGAGGGAGCAUCAGAAGGCUCCCCCGAUCGUGAUGCACCAGUUCCCCUUCCACUCACGUCCCGGAUUGCUCUGAGUUUCAUCCAUUAUCCGUUCUUCUUCCGUUGGGGCUUUUUCUUUCUUUUUUUUUUCCUUUAAUUUUGAUCAGAGCUAGUAGUACUUUGUAGUGUGGACGCCAGAGUGAGGUGUAAUUCUUUAGUUUUUGAUGCUGUGAUCUGUACAUUUAUAUCUAUACAUUUUUAUUUUCCGAACA